AUGCGCUUCAUUACCAAGCUCGCUGCUAUCGUUGCUGCCGCCGCUGCGGCUGUCAGUGCUACCAACACUGUCACCUUCGUCAGCCAGGACUCGACCAACCGCAAGAUCAUCUUCACGCCUAGCGCUGGCAAUGCCGAGGUUGACAGCAUUGAGAUCUCUGGGUUCGACACCCAGAACGUCACCAUUCCUGAGGGCUGGAUUGGCAACUGGUACUCCGUCUCUGAGGGUGCCGAGAACGUUCCUGGCAUGCUUGGAGAGGUUACUUUCCAGGGCUGGGGUGGUAUCACCUACUUCGAUGUCUCUGCUAUCGUGAACCCCAACGACCACGAUGGCGUCCACGAGAUGUACCCUGCUGCCGAGAAGAGCCUCUCCGUCAAGACCCUGAUCUCUGGUUGCCUCUUGUUCCCUUGCAACACAGCUUACUACCUCCCUGACGACGUCCAGACCGUCACCACCCUGGAGACCGAACUCAUCUGCACUCUGGGCAAGAGCAACUCGACCGACACCAAGCGUGACGCCCCUGCUCUUGUCCCUCGCAAGUAUGUUCUCGGUAAAUUCUAG